AGGAACAAUAUGCCCAUUGCCAAGGCUACCGAGCCUCUCUGGCAUGAAUGGGACAGGAAAGCACAGAAAUGUGGAUUAAGACACACGGUCUAUGCUGUAAAUGGGGAUCAGUACACUGGAGAAUGGCUGCACAACUUGAAACACGGUAAAGGCACCCAAGUAUGGAAACGCACUGGAGCUAUUUAUAGCGGUGACUGGAAGUUUGGGAAACGGGAUGGUUAUGGCUCAUACAGCAUUCCUGACCCUGUAACCAAGGAAUACAAGAAAGUGUACACAGGCUGGUGGAAAAAUGACAAAAAAGAUGGCUACGGGGUGACAUUUUACUCCAGUGGAGAACGCUAUGAGGGGGAGUGGAGCAAUGGGCUGCGGAGUGGCUGGGGACGGAUGUACUACCAGAAUGGCUCCAUCUACGAGGGACAGUGGCUGGCAGACCAGCCCAACGGGCAGGGGAUGCUGCGGCUGUCAAAUGAAAAUCGCUAUGAAGGAGGCUGGAAAGAUGGAAAGAAGAAUGGCCCAGGGAAAUUUUUCUACUUGGAAAAGGGACAAUUGUUUGAAGGCAUCUGGGCAGCGGAUAUACCACAAUGUGGAAUUCUGAUUGACUUCGGCAGAGAUGAAGCUCCUGCCCCUACUCCGUAUCCAAUACCAAAGAUCAAACUCGCUGAUCCAGAUGGUGUUUUAACAGAGGCCCAGGCGACGUUUGAUGACAGCCACAAUUAAUAACCAGCUGCUGAAGGAAAAAAAGAUGCAAGAUAAGAGCAUGAUCCUGAGUUAUUUAUUUGAGUCUCACAUUCACGCUGCGGUGUAUUGUGUCGUGGUCUGCCUCACUUUUCUCUCAAGGCUGCCCACGCACGCUUCACUCUACAGGUGGCCUUGCUCAGCGGCCUCCUCCCACCCCCUUAUUUUGGUAAAGAAAGGGAAAAAAGAAGGAAAAAAGAAAACCUACAAGCAACAAAAUGCUGGGAGCCAGGUGCAGGGACCCUUCAUCUGGCUCCUCUGGCUUACUACUCUUGUAAAGAAAUUGCACUCCUGGUGGUUUCAGGGUUUUUGACGUUGCUUGAGAGAAGCAGGAUUCCUAUUACAGGCUCUAAAAGCAAAGACCUAGGAAACUACAGUCAAAUAAUUGUCCCUUCCAUGCCUCCCAACUCAGCCCCACACAUACCCGUGAACCAGGAUAGCUUUUGAAGAUGAACAGACCAUGUUCAAUUUAGUAUUUUUAUUAGUAUGUUACUUGUUCUCUCUGUGCAUUUUCAAUAAUGUGGUACUGCUUCUCCUCCUCAACACCUGGGAACACAGACCGCCAGAUCCUAGCCCAGCUCUGCUCCUUGGUCAGCCCCCACGCUCAAUGGCACCGUGCCGGCUGCUCCAUUCCCACCCAAUGCAAGGCCUGAGCUGUGAGAUGCUGAGCAUCACCCCCAAGACCAAAAUAAGGUGGAAAACAAACUAGAAGAGUAGGUCACAAGCUCACCUGAUUAACACCGCGCUUCCUAGUAUCACUGCCUGCUUAUGGCACCUUUGGUCCCUUGACUCUUCAUGUUUUCUAGGCUGAAAGACAACCUGCUUUUCUAUUUAAGCAAUCAGAAAGAGCAUUAGAGUGGUGCAAAAAUAAUUGCCGUUUCAACUUUAAAGCAGUAUAUCUCAUCUUAAGAUAAAAUUUAUUAAUCAAAAUAAGACUCGUUACAAUCUAUGCAUUUUUGCCAACUAGGAACAAGUCUAGUCAGAAUUCUGGACUCCUGGAACUGAUGAAAUCUUCAAAGGUGUUUCGAGCUACUGCUUGGUUAUGAGAAACGUUCUCUUGCAGCAAGUUGUCAAAAUGCUUGAAAACGUCAUAGCUGUAGGGAGACAGCUCUGGUGAGGGAGCUGGGUGAGCCGGAGUUUAGUAGCCCAGUUCAUGCAGCUUCUGCAGUUACCUGUGAGACAUGAGGUUGGGCAGUGUCCUGGGGAAUUGGUCCUUUGCAACAGACACGUUGCAGUUCUUUGUGCAUUCUGCUGAUUUCCUGGCAACCCUUGACUGAGCUGAUGGUUUUGUCAGGAUUCAAAUUUGUGGCAGGCAAUUCCACUUGCUGACCAACGAACAGUGACUAUGACUACCUUUUGAUGCAGCUUCCUUUGAUGCACACCUAGAGAAGUGUCUUGGUGCUUCACUUUGGACCAGGUCAUUCGGUGCAGCACACCACUGCUUGUCAUCUACAACCUAUUUCUCAUCACGUCACAAUGCAAUCAAAGAAUAGAUUAUUUUUGUUGUGCAGAAGAAACACAGAGCAGUCUUAGUAAGAGCAAUUUUAUUUUCAUUCAGUUUGUGUGGCACUCAUGUGUCGAGCUCUUCUGAUUUUCCAACACAGUGCAAAUAUUGAACAACUGUUGAAUGGUCAACGUUGAGUUCUUCUGCAACAUCUCCAGUAGUUCUGUGUUUGUCUGCUUCAAUAAUGCCCCUCAAUUGCUUGUCGUCCAUCAUCUGGCAUUCACGCCUCUCCUCAUCUCAUCUUCAAUGCUCUUGUUUCUCUUACAAAAUUUCUGGAACCACUGUCGCACUGUACGUUUGCUGAUGAUCCCCUGGCCAAACACCUGGUUGCUAUUGCUGUAGUAUCCACUGCUUUGUGUCCCCUUUUGAACUCAUACAACAAAAUGGCUCAAAUUUGCCUUUUUUCAUCUUUAAUCUGACAGUGUAAUAUAAAAAAAGAACAAACAGUGAAAUCAAAACCAUUAGCUUAAUCAGAGCAAAUUUCAUGCUUUAAAAUGAUGCUACAUGAAUAUGGUUGAAGGAGUUUAAUCCAAAUUAAGCAUCACAGUUUACAAUGACAAAAACGGUCAUUAUUUUUGCACCAACCUAAUAAUACCACAACAUGCUUAGUCCCAAGAGUGAAGGUGCUGAGAGGAGGAAACAUGUCAACAAUGUUAUCUUCCUUAUAACUGCCUGUGUGAACAGGAAAUUUUACCUUCAUAUUAUGACUGAAAUG